UGGAGGAGAUUUUCAAUUCUGAAUUUGGAUUGGUGUUUGAAAUUGAUUCAAUGUAUGCAUGUGACCUUUAUAAUAGUAGUAAACCUGUCGUGUUGUUUUCGCAUAUUUCGCUCGUUUGAUAAGCAAUAUAUCAAUUGUUUAGAUAUUUAUUGUGAAAAUUCGGUCGGUACAAUCGAUGAUUAUAUUAGAAACAAAUUUGUUAUUGGAUGACACGGCGGAUUAAUCGCGUAGCCUGUGAAAAUCUACGGAGGUGUAGUUGUUGAGUCAUUGUCAGAUCAGGCUGUCCAGCAUGGUGGAAGUGUGUGAUUAAAGCGCGCGAGAAUUACAUUGUUAUCAGAAAUUUGAUAAUAUUAUGUGUUUGAUUUUUUGAAGGCUAAAGUUCUACGAUUAUCAGUAACAACACGUGCACGAUCAUUUUAGAAUAGUUGAAUGAUAUAAUUCAGUAUGACGGACUAUACAGGUGAUUUCUUUUUGGAUCCGGGCAUUGUCGUUAAAGAAGAGCCUGACUCGCCGGAUAUACCGAUAAAUACAACCGCCAGUGUUCCCAUUCCGACCAGACGUAGUGACAUUUUUACCUUACGUAAGAUAGGCCAACUAGAUUAUCCUUUAUCUCUAUUGAUUGAUUAUAACUUAGGUGGACAAGUUCCGAUUGAGAGCCAUUUUACGUACGGCAGUAAUACAAUGUGGACCACUCGAAUAACAGAUUUGGAUAACGAUUAUCCGAAAUCGGAGGGUCUUAUUCACAUGGACGACGAUGACAUAUUUCAAGUCGAUAAAGCAGACCUUAUUCAAGGACCAACGUUAGCGGAGCUGAACGCAAAUGAUGAAAACUUUUUGGAAGAUUUAAAUUUCGAUGAUCUUCUUUUACCGGAAGAGGGCAGUUAUGGAUAUGUUAAUUCGACACCUAUUUUAACUCAAAAAAUUUCUACGCCUUUAAUGCAUUAUUUUAAUAACCAUUUUAAUAACCCACAAAUUGCUUCAUCUUGCCCACAACCUGGCAUGGGAUUUUACAGAAGCUUAGAGUCCGGCAGCGCCACAUCUAGCCCAUUUGAGCCUUACACCAAUAAAACCGCCAUACCUGCAUUUUCCCCCACGAGUCAAACGAGUUCCACGUCUUCCUUAUUACAAUCUGCAUCGUCCCCUUCAUUGCCCCCUAGCGGCGUCUCUUCACAUAAACACAGCGCACUCCAUGAGUUACUACUGAAACGCGAAAAUUAUAGUGGCUCUCCAGACAGGUCGCCGGCAGGGCAAACAAGUGUCGGCCAAUCAACCAGUCCCACAGCGACUGUUAAAUUGCUCCGAACACAGAGCUCACGAUUGUCUUCAUCUGCACCUACUCAUCUUGGUCUUGAGCAAAUAUGGCAAAGAAGAGAGCCCCGCAAACACUUAUUGUCGACAAGUUCAUUGGUAGAAGCCGGGUCAGCUUCAUCUUUGUCAACUGGUGUAUUAAGUCCCGAAGCCCCAGAUUUAUCAAACGACGAAGCGGAUACAGAAGAAGACAGCGAGCAUUAUGAGGAUUAUUCUUCCGAUGGUGAUUCGGACAAUGAAAACGAUAAAUCGUUUAGGAUCAUGAGUAAACGUGAAAAAUAUUUCUGGCAGUACAACGUUCAAGCGAAGGGACCUAAAGGGCAACGUCUAAUAAUGAAAACAAAAAUGGAAGAUCCGCACAUACUUAACGAAAUUACAGAUCCCGUCUUCAGUCCCACAUGUUCUAUGAGAGGAAUAAAACAUAGCGGUAAAGCGCGCAAAGGUGAUGGCAACGAUUUGACACCGAAUCCAAGAAAACUAUUCAAUAUAGGGAAAGAAUUGGAUAAGUUGGGACGUGUUAUCAAUAAUAUGACUCCGGUCAGUGAAUUACCGUUUAAUGUACGGCCGAAGAGUAGAAAAGAGAAAAAUAAGUUGGCUUCGAGAGCUUGCCGUCUGAAGAAAAAAGCUCAGCACGAAGCGAACAAAAUUAAAUUACACGGUCUGGAACACGAACAUCGUCGCAUUCUAAACGCCAUUGUGCAAUGCAAACAAGUUUUACUUUCAAAACUGAAAGAUCCUACUGAAAAUCAAGACGAGCUUUCAAAUCACAUGGAGAAAGUUGUAAAAACCAUAACAAAAGGCAUGAUUGCUGGAAACACAACGGAUUAUGUAAAUAAGAUAAUCGAUAAAGUGAACGGCGGUACACCUAUAGUUGGACUUCAAGAUUUAUAAUAGACAUGAAAGGUAGGCCUCUAAUUUUCGUUUGUAACGGUAUGAAUCUCACUUUAAGGUAUAUGCGGGAAUUAUUCUCUUAUAAGUACGGUUAAGACUUUAGACAAAUGUUGUAUUAACGAUCCGAGAUUCUUUUACAACAUUUGGUGGGGGUGUUAUCCAAAACAUUUGCUAGUGUUACGAUGUAUGUUGUACUCUUUCCAUUGAAAAAUUGCCUCGCUACAUUCCAAUUGUGUUUCAACUUUAAAAUGCCAAAAUAAUUGGCUGGCAAUAAAGGUUACAGUUGUUACCUAAAUCGGUUUUUUUUUAUUUUCCAGUUACACAGGGUGUCUAAAAUUCUUUAUUACUGAUUUUAGGUAAAAUAUUUGCUUCAUUAAGUCACUUGAAAUGGUAGCAAAUUCGUUAAUAUUUUAUAUUAUGGUCACAGGACGUAAAAAUCUAAUUGAAAGCAUCGUGAAAUCAAAAUAGUGUAAAUGCCUACUUUUCGAGAGAUGAUGCAUUUGAAGCUCCCCCGUUGUACUUAUAUACCAUAUGGUUUUCGGAUGUUUUACAAUCUGGUUAAUUGCACCCUGUUUCUCUACAUGUUUGAUGAAAUCACCUACACGUCCAAUUUUAGUAAAAGAAAGCGUUUUUUCGAUUGUGGAAAGAGUUUUUUUAAUCUUGUUUCUCUGGGUAUUAAUAGAAAAUAGAGGUGGUUACAUUAUUUUAAUCAAACUGUUGGUUAUGAAUUUGUUAAUAAUGGAGUAAUACAGACUUUUAUUGUGCACAUUUAAUCAUAAUCCUUGUUCCUGUAUCACUGUUUUACAUGGGGUGAUAAUCAAAAAGAAAUGGAAUGAGUUUCUAAUUGCAACACACAAUGAUGCAGGGACCUCAAAUGAUUGGAAGGAUAUUAGUUACAUGACCACUUCUUUUUUCUUUCAUUUAUAUAUGUGUGUAUCUAAACUAAAUGAUGAGUCACAUCUUUUCAUAUAGCUGUUGGAAUGUUUUAUUACUAAUUCUAUUGUAAAUUAAUUCAAUUUAUGUAACAUUUUAGCUAAAAACAGGAGAAUAUCAUUUUGUUUAACAGUUAGUGCAUUUUUAAAUGAGAGUUGGCAGCUAGUGUGGAACACAAAUUUAGAAAAUCAAAACAAUCCUUUAGUGUAAUUUGCAAAGUACACAAUUUUAAAUAUUUAUAAAACGGUCAUUUAUUUUGUUUUAAUUUUCUUACAGCUAUUGGAAUUGUUAAACAAAUUGAUUUUUAUAUUCCAAGUGUCAUCUGGCAAAUUGGAUAAAUAUUUAAUACGAAAUACUCACUAUUAUAUACAACAUAACCUCACCCCAGUUUAUUAAUAUAACAACACUAUAGGUAUAUAGUAGAAAAUUGUUAACAUUAAUACAGAUGGUACUCGUCAUUUAUUUAAUAAUUAUCAAUCUGUAUGUAGUACCAGUUCACUUUAAUCAAAGAGAAAAAAACAAUUAUUUUAAACAUUGUAUAUAGUAUGUAAAGAAUUGUCAUUAACUUGUUCCUAUUAGUUGUUUACUGCAUACUUAUUCGUCAAAUGUUAAGUAUGGUAGAAAGUUUUAUCAGUAACUUGGGUAGACUAGUUUAUUAAUUUACAUUGUAGAGUUUUUUAUAUGAAAAUAUCUGCUGGCCAGAGUUUUAAUAUUAAGUUCAUUACUAUCGAAGUGCGUUAUUGCUUUUUGAUAUCACCUGGGAAUUUCGGGAAUCUGAUUACAACCGUUAUUUUAGUACCUCACAAUAUCUUCAUAUAUUGUCGGCUGUAAUCACAAUUUUAUGAAAAGAUAAAUAGUGCCAUGUGUUUAACAUAGACCACACUCAAAAAGUGCCUACUUUAGAUUAUAAAAAACAGAUCUACACAAAUUCUUAGGUGAUAGAAGUUAUGAAUUUAAUGAAAAAAGACUCGUACCCAAUGUAUGUACUUCUAUAUUAGAUAGAGUAUUUUACUUGGCAUUUAGGUUAAGAUGAUUUGGCGGUUGAGUUUAAAAUAAAAUACUAUGCAGAACGGAUAACUUUCUUGACCUUGCUUGUUUUGCUAAGAGUAAAUUUCAAAUUACUUGCCGAAUUUAAUCUGUCUUCUUUUAAAUGAAGAACCAAUCGCCAAACAUUAAUAAAUUGAUUUAUUUAUUAUUAAAUAUUUAAUAUUGUUAUAUUACAUAAUGUAGUAUUAUAUUUUUAACAAUUUUAUAGUGGAUUAAUGUUGUAGAAAUAGAUUAAUUUAUUUUCUAGGUCUCCAAGACUUGUUAUUUUAAAAGUUUCAAGUAAGGUAAUGUAAACAAAUGUUGAGUUCGGAAUUUGAUGUAUAUAGUUGCAUUUUGAUUUCUUACGAAAUUGUAGGCGUCUGAAAUUGGCUUUUUGCAUUUACUGAUUGAUGUAUCGGAUUUUAUUAAUUUGAUCACGGAAGUACUUGUUUGAGAGGUACUAAAAAUGUGACAUAGCAAAAUGAUUAGCUUUGUUCACUUAUUAAAGGAAAAGUUGUGUUCAGUUUGUGAUAAAGUGUGGUUAAUGUGUAUUAUAUAGUUUAUUAAACGAUGCACAGCUCAAACAAAAAUCUAUUUUUUCUAUGACAGAAUUAUAUACCUACACUUAAGUUUUUACUAAUGAAAGUAAGAUUAAAAUUUGAUUUUAGUGAUAUGUACCCAUACGUACAUUGGCUGUGUUUUAGAAUAGUGGUAAAGCCAAGUAAAAUACUUCGCUUGAAUCUAUCAUAUGUUAUAAAAUAUUACCGCAUAAAUACAUAUUUUUGCAUAACAAGAAA